AUGGACCAGGUUAUGCAGUUCGUUGAGCCCAGUCGGCAGUUCGUCAAGGACUCCAUAAGGCUCGUGAAGAGGUGCACCAAACCAGACAGGAAAGGUAUGGUUAUCAGUCACCCAGUCUUCUCUCUGUAUGUGUCUGUGGUUUACUGAUACACUUCUAUAUGUGUUUAGGUUACACAAUCUGCUAUCCUGUUUUAGGAUUUUGUCUUUUGUCAGUUCACUGUCCGCUGAGUGAGUUUACACCCUUUCGAGCAUAAAAUCAUUGCACAGUAGGCCUCCUGUAGCUCAGUUGGUAGAGCAUUGCGCUUGCAACGCCAGGGUUGUGGGUUCGAUUCCCACGGGGGGCCAGUAUGAAAAAUGUAUGCACUCACUAACCGUAAGUCUCUCUGGAUAAGAGCGUCUGCUAAAUGAGUAAAAUGAAAUUGUCAAAGGGGUUACUUGGGUAGCAAGUUAACUGACUGCAACCUUACAUAGCUGAGCAGCUACAGAGUAUUAGUAGUAGAUGGAUAGUAAUGCUGAUUCAUCACUGAUUGAAUCUUUAGUGUUGACUUUACAUGACAACAACCAAUAUAACCAAUCUUUUUUUAGCAUGACAUCAAGUGAAUGGAGCAGUCUUUCUAUUUUAAACCCCUUGAUUUAAAAAAACAGAUUGAUCAAGAAGACUCUUGUGAAGCUCUGUCUAGUUUUUCUGCUGUUGUCUGUCAAAUCUGUCAAGAUUCUGUAACAGGAUAGAUUCUAAUUGUGAUAUUUUCUAGAAUUCCAGAAGAUCGCCAUGGCAACAGCGAUUGGGUUUGCCAUCAUGGGCUUCAUUGGGUUCUUUGUCAAGCUCAUCCAUAUCCCCAUCAACAACAUCAUUGUGUAA